AUGUAUACACCAAGUGCGGAAACACAGAGGGCUAUGCUAGAAAUACCACUCGAAUCUAACGACGAUUUACAGGUUAUUAGUUCACAGACAGUCACACAAAUAUUCGAGCAUAAUCCCCGCGUUAUCAAUAUAGAAAAAACCAAAUCUCUACAUUAUGAUUACACCAUUAAACCGGGUAGUUUCCCUGUCAAUAACAAGGGGCCUAUUGGGGUUAAUAUUGGUAGUAUUCAGAAAGAAAUAUUGAAACCAGGAAAAACAAUUAAUUCAACAAAUUCAGAAACAGGACACUCAAAUUCUCAAAUUAACACACAAUAUAUGUAUAAUCCACCUAAAUACGACAUAACACAAGUGACAUCUAGUGUAAAAGAAGUAUUGCACCAUCCAUCAUCGCAAGAGAAUAAUGUACCUGCAGGCAUAUUUGAUAACGUAGCACCUAUUAAUCAACUCAUAAAAGAUAGAGAUACUAUUUCAUUUCCAUGGUUUCAAGGAAAACAGAAAGAUGUUCUUUGGCCUAAUAGAGAAACUAGCUCUAUGCAUCAUACUAAUAUUGCUGAACAUAGUUAUAACGUUGGAUAUGGUAUAUAUGACGAUACAAAGAAUAAUAAAUAUGAGACUAAUACAUUUAAUACAUGGUUCAACGAACAAGCGAAACUGUUCCCAGAAUUGAAACAACCAGGAUCUAGUGACAUUAUAAAUAUUUCUAUGCUAAAAAAAGAAAUCUUGAAAAUUAUUGAACAAAAUAACAUGAUCAUUGGUGAGGACAGUCUGGUGCGAGAUUUAAAUGGAGCAUUAGUUGAUAUGAGAAACAUGAAGCUUCGUCGAAUCGUUAUUGAAGAGAAAACGGUUACUGACUAUAAUGGUCCCUUGUUAAGUUUAGACGGAAUAAUGAUUACACUUGUGUAUCCUCCAAGAAUAUUGGGCAUAAUUCCAUUGAGAAAAACAUAUUUUUCUGAGGAAGUAAACAAAAUUUCACAGUCCCUUGAUGCAUCACAGCUACAUGACUCACCGAAGCCAGUUCAAUCAACACAAUUACUUCAAUCUACAGUAUCGAAAAAAAUUGAAACAUCACAAUCUGUACAGUCAUCUAAACCAGUUGAACAUACCAAAAUCGUUGUAAAUAAAGUAUCACAUAAUUGUGAAGGAUCUAUCUGCAACGAAGGAUCUUUAAAUGAGCUGCCUGCUAGCGGAAUUAUUACAGAAAAGACUAAAUCAACAACAGUAGUUAAUAGUCAAACUAGUAGUCAAAAUAUAGAAAACAAAAAUGAAAAUGCGAACCUGUUACAAAAGAGAAAGAAACAAGACACGAAAUUACAGAUGAGAAAACAGUCGAAAAAUGAUGAUUCACCGUUUAAAUUUGUAGCAAACAUGCUAGACACAUACAAAUUAAUGCCUAUUGAUCAGAUAUCCAAACUGGUGAAUAAUUUUAUUAGUCCUUUUACUACUAUAAUGAACCAGUCUUCUGCCACUAAAGAAGAAACCCAUGAGAAAAUUGGGGAAGAUGACUAUCCUGAUUUUAGAAUAAUUGGUGGGCACGCAGCAACAGCUAGUGGAGCACCAUUAAUUACAAGAGGAAGAUCUGGAUCCUUCGGAGUUAAAUUUUAA